GCUCACGUCGCCGUGGAGGACGGUAACGACAACUUAAUCCCUGCUGCCAGACCAUGGAUGUAUAAAUGCCAGACACGUCCCCGGACCUUCAGGAUUGGAGAAGCAGGCCCGACCCAGUCUGGUCUGGGAGGAGAGUUUUACUGCAGCUGUACAUUCUUUCUGAAACUUCGAGGCACCAGAAGAACAGGCUACACUGUCCCUCAGUCAGUCAAGAUUGAGUGAAUAAAGGUGUAUUUGUUUCCAGUUAUAAGCCUUGUCUUUUGUCAACACAACAGCAGCAGAAACCAUGGAGGACGACAUGAUGUUCACUAUGGAGGAGGAGGGCAGCGCCAAGAGACCCCCUGUCCAACAAAAAAACCCCAACCAGCGGUCCUACUCUCUCAGUGACGCCAACGCCAGUGAUGAUGAUGAUGACGACGAGUACCACAAGCACUUCUUUUGCCCAAUCUUGGACGACUCCUCCGUGGAAAUCUGUCACUACCUUAAGAAUCUGGUUUACUCCAAGCAGCUGUCAAACUCCCCUGAGACCACCUUUAUGUUCAAGAAUGAAACAGAAACAGUGGCAGAAACACGGCCAUACAAGGUUGUGUCUGAGAAAGCACGGGCUAGAUGGAAACAUGCCAUUGAAAAGGCCAAAGCUAUGCCCGACCCCUGGGCAGAGUUCCAUCUGGAGGAAAAAGUGACUGAAACCUGUAUUCGUUACAGGUACAAUGCCAGCACAGGAGAGUGGGCUCAAGACCAGGUCCACAUUAAGAUGGCUUCCCAGCCGUUUGGGAAAGGGGCCAUGAGGGAGUGCUUCAGGACCAAGAAGUUGUCUAAUUUCUCACACAGCAGCAAGUGGAAGUCAGCAUCUAACUAUGUGUCCAAGCAGUACAUGGAGACGGUGGACAGGAACGUUUACUUUGAGGACGUCAGGCUGCAAAUGGAGGCCAAACUGUGGGGAGAGGAGUACAGCCGCCACCGGCCCCCCAAACAGGUGGACAUCAUGCAGAUGGGUGUGAUGGAGAUGGUGGACAGACCCGGGAAACCUCUCUUCCACCUGGAACAUUACAUCGAGGGCCACUACAUCAAAUACAACUCCAACUCUGGCUUUGUGAAGGACGACAACAUCCGCCUCACUCCACAGGCCUUCAGUCACUUCACGUUUGAGCGGUCAGGCCACCAGCUGAUCGUGGUGGACAUCCAGGGGGUCGGAGAUAUCUACACCGACCCUCAGAUCCACACAGAGCUAGGGAAGGACUUUGGAGAUGGAAAUCUAGGUGUGCGAGGCAUGGCGCUGUUCUUCCACUCCCACCUGUGUAACAAGAUCUGCAAGAGUAUGGGCCUGACGCCCUUUGACCUUUCCCCCGCAGAGAAGUCGCAGCUGGACUGCACCAACAAACUGCUUAAGUCAGCCAAGACGGUGCUGCGGGGCUGCGAGGAGCCCUGUGGAUCCCCUCGAGUCCGCACCCUGUCAGUAGGCCGCCCCCCCCCACUGUUAUCCCGCCUGUCUGAGACGUCCUCCGCAGACGAGAGCAUGAGCGACGCAGACUCUGUCCCCUGCUCCCCUCUCAUUCUGCCCUGCUCCCCACUGGCUGCUCAUGGAUACCUGGGAAGGUCCCCCAUCUGCUCAUAUUUUACUGGCAUGUAUGAAAAUGAAAGAAAGAAUAGCAACACAGGAGAACAGAAGGAUUCUGAGAGUGGAGGGGACAGCGGCUGUCCCAGCGAGAGAAGGAGUGAUGGUGAUCCAAAUGACCACGUAGACGGGGUCCAUCAUCGCAUCCAAAGACAUUACUCGGAGUCGGAUGACGACAGUGUCAGACGGAUGACGGAGGAGAAGUGGAGCUUCUACCAUUCGUCCCGCUCUCACGUCCACCGGUCCUCCUGUGUGGCCACGGAGAUGGAGCGACUCGAAGCUCCGAUGCAGAAGAAAAUAGGCCAGUCCAUCCUCGGAAAGGUGCACCUGGGGAUGGUGUGGUACCAUGAAGCGGGUCGGUUCUGUGAGAAGGAUGAGCAGUGGGACCAGGACUCGGCCAUGAUGCACCUGGAGAGAGCGGUGCAGUGCGGGGAGCUGGAGGCCAUCGUGGCUCUGGGACAGUGCUGCAUGCAGCUGCCGCAUCACAUCCUGCCAGACAUGCAGCUGGAGGAUAACGCCGGAAACAGGAUGAAAGGCUUUAAGUAUCUGCUGCUGGCUGCUGAGUCCGGUGACAGGUCUUCUAUGAUCACAGUGGCCCGAGCCUUCGAUUCUGGGAUCAAUCUGUCAGCUGACAGAAAGCGGGACUGGGCGGAAGCCAUUCACUGGUAUGAAAAUGCCUUGAACAUGACGGACUAUGACGAGGGCGGAGAGUUCGAUGGGAUUCAGGACGAGCCUCGCUACCUGCUGCUGGCCAGAGUGGCAGAGAUGUACCAGGAGGGAGGGUGUAGCCUCACCCCAGACCCCCAGAGAGCAGGUGAUCUGUUCACAGAAGCAGCAGAGGCUGCCAUGGAGGCCAUGAAGGGUCGAUUGGCUAACCAGUAUUACAUGAAAGCUGAAGAAGCAUGGGCGUUAAUGGAGGAAUAAUUCUGGACACACAUUCUUUAACAAAAAAGGCUACA